AUGCCACGCCGGCGUAAUAAGCCCCUGCUCCUCUCAGCCAUCUCGCUGCUGGUGCUGGCAUGGCCGGCAUCGUGCGCCGACCCCGUGCUCCUCCCGGUGUCCAAAGACACGGUCACCUCCCUCUACACCAUCCCCGUCAGGGACGGCGCCAACCACGUCAUCUACCUGGCCGGCCCGCUCCUCUGGUCCACGUGCGCCGCCGACCACCUGCCGCCGAAGAUCUCCUGCCAUGACACGGCGUGCAAGCUCGCCAACGCCUACCGCGCGCCACGCUGCCACGAGGCGGCCCAGCUCUGCGCGAGCAAGACCCAGUGCACGGCGUACCCGUACAACCUCGUCACGGGGCGGUGCGCGGCGGCGAGCCUUGUCCACACCAGGCUCAUCGCCAACACCACCGACGGCAGGAACCCGCUGAGCCAGGUCUCCGUGCGCGCCGUGGCGGCGUGCACCCCGAGGACGCUCCUGCCGCGGCUGCCCGCGGGCGCGGGCGUCGCGGGCGUCGCGGGACGGCUCGCGCGACGGCCUGCCCUGCCUGCGCAGGUCGCGGCGUCGCAGCGCGUCGCCAACAGGUUCCUGCUCUGCCUCCCCAGGUCCGGCGGCGGCGAGGGGUGGCGGUCUUCGGCGGGGCCCCGCUGUUCCUCCUCCCCGGAGUCGGCGAUCGCGGACCUCACGUCGACGCUGGCGUUCACCGCGCUCCGCCGCAGGAGAGACAACCCCCUGUACUACAUCCCGGUGAGCGGCGUCACCGUCAACCAGGCACAGGUGCAGCAUCCGGCGCAUGCUCUGUCCACCGGCGGCGUCGUGCUGUGCAUCAGGGUGCCGUACACCGCGAUCCGGCCGGACGUGUACCGCCCGGUUGUUCAGGCGUUCGACAGGGCCCUGGCGAGGAACGACGCCAAGGUCCCCGUGGUCGCGCCAUUCGAGCUCUGCUACCGGUCCAGCAUGCUGGGGAACACGCGUCUCGGCUACGCCGUGCCGGACAUUGCAUUGGUACUCGAGGACGGCAAGAGCUGGAUGUUUGUCAGCAGCAGCUCCAUGGUGGACGUGAACGGCCAGACGGCGUGCCUCGCGUUCGUCGAGAUGAAGGGGGUGAAGGCCGUGGACCUAGCCGUGGCGGCGGUGGUGGUCAGAGGGUUCCAGAUGGAGAACCACCUGCUGCAGUUCGACCUGGAGCGGCGCGGCCCAGCUCUGCGCGAGCAAGACCCAGUGCACGGCGUACCCGUACAACCUCGUCACGGGCGGUGCGCGGCGGCGAGCCUUGUCCACACCAGGCUCAUCGCCAACACCACCGACGGCAGGAACCCGCUGAGCCAGGUCUCCGUGCGCGCCGUGGCGGCGUGCACCCUGAGGACGCUCCUGCCGCGGCUGCCCGCGGGCGCCGCGGGCGUCGCGGGCUCGCGGACGACGGCCUCGCCCUGCCUGCGCAGGUCGCGGCGUCGCAGCGCGUCGCCAACAGGUUCCUGCUCUGCCUCCCCAGGUCCGGCGGCGGCGAGGGGGUGGCGGUCUUCGGCGGGGCCCCGCUGUUCCUCCUCCCCGGAGUCGGCGAUCGCGGACCUCACGUCGACGCUGGCGUUCACCGCGCUCCGCCGCAGGAGAGACAACCCCCUGUACUACAUCCCGGUGAGCGGCGUCACCGUCAACCAGGCACAGGUGCAGCAUCCGGCGCAUGCUCUGUCCACCGGCGGCGUCGUGCUGUGCAUCAGGGUGCCGUACACCGCGAUCCGGCCGGACGUGUACCGCCCGGUUGUUCAGGCGUUCGACAGGGCCCUGGCGAGGAACGACGCCAAGGUCCCCGUGGUCGCGCCAUUCGAGCUCUGCUACCGGUCCAGCAUGCUGGGGAACACGCGUCUCGGCUACGCCGUGCCGGACAUUGCAUUGGUACUCGAGGACGGCAAGAGCUGGAUGUUUGUCAGCAGCAGCUCCAUGGUGGACGUGAACGGCCAGACGGCGUGCCUCGCGUUCGUCGAGAUGAAGGGGGUGAAGGCCGUGGACCUAGCCGUGGCGGCGGUGGUGCGUAUUGACAUAAUAUUAGUUAUAAAAACAAUACCUUGA